GCGGUCUUCAAAACCCUAGCUUUUCUGUUCGUUGUAUGCUUCGUGAUUUACCAAUCAAUGGCUGUUACAGAUGUAAAUUCAUCGUUUUCGUUUAAUGGGUUUGUGAAAUCUCCGAGCUUUGACAAGAAUGUUGCUCUGUUUGGAGAUUCGAAGCUCGUUAAUGGCGGUCCAUCGAUUCAAUUGACUGACUCAGUGAGUCGAAGUGAAGGGCGAGUUAUUUACAAGAAACCCAUCAGACUGUUCCAAGGUAAAGAGAGAAACUUUUCCGGAUCAUUCUCAACUAGUUUCUCGUUUUCGAUGCCUGAUGAGAUUGGUAGUGUCCUGGCUUUUGUAAUGGUUCCAAGAGGUUUGGAUCUUAGGUUGUUUGGUAGAAAGGGUAAUAGUUCCUCUGGUCUAGGGUUCUUAUUGAAACACAAGGUUGUUGCUGUUGAGUUUGGUAUCUCCAAGAGAGGAAAUCGUGUUGGGAUCUUAGUUGGUAGACCUGAAUCUGGUAAAGUUAGAAAGUUAUCAUCUUUUGGUGACCAUUUCAAUGGAGAGAAGAAAUUGAAUUGUUGGAUUGAUUACGAGGCGAGCUCAAAGAGAAUAGAGGUUCGUUUGAGUCUAUCUACUGCCUUAAAGCCGGUGGAUCCAUUUGUGUCUUACUUGGUAGACUUGGCUAAGCUUUGGAAAGAUGGGAAGUUCAUGGUGGGUUUAACCUCUGCAAAUGGAAACUCUUCAAAGCCAGUUUAUCUCCAUUCAUGGAACUUUAAACUGAGACAUCCCUCGAUGAGGAUUCACUCACAGCCGCUUGAUCCAAACGAAGUUUCCAAGACUGUUAAGGAAGGGGAAAAGACGGUGGAAGUUAAGGGGAAAGGAAAAUGUACAUGGAGAAUCCUUGGUGCAUUGGUUUUAGGUACGGUUUGUGGGACUUUAGGAGCGAUGUCAGCGUUAUACCUUUGGACAAUAUGCGGUAAUCGGCAGUCAAUGGCAAUAGUUCCUGAGGAAUGUGCUAACGAAAAAGCGGACAUGGUUGUCAUGAAAUCAGAUGUUGUUGAUGAAGAAGGGAAGAAGUAGCAGAAAGAUAAGAGUUUGGUUGUUUUUUUUAGAAUGUUGUAUUUGUCUUUGUUGUUUGUAAUGUAAAUUCUUGUGGCCUUCUUUAUUCUUCUUAUGUUUGUUUUUUUGUUAGUUGCAGAUUUGGUGAGAUGAGUUUUCACAUGUAGAAUCUUACAAUAUAUGUAUUAAAUUAAGAUCCUGAGA